AUGGCUGAAACAUCAUUAAAAAAUAAUGUGUACGCCAUGAUUAUCGCAUUAGGAACAUCAGGUAUCUUCUUUUUAAUUGGUAUAGCACUUGCCGGAGUAUUAAUCUUAUCAUUGAUCCCUUUAUACGUAUCCGAUUCGAGUCAACAACCAUACGGAGAUGUCUAUCGAAUUUCGUCGCUGAUUAUAAAAGCUGUCUAUACGAACAUCACAGUGAAUUUCACAGGUGGUAACAUUUUGAGUGUUGCUGAAUUAUCGAAUAUUUGCACACAAAUUUUUCGUGCAAAAAAUGUCGAUGGUUUCCUCUCGUGUGUCGCGACGAAUUUUUCCGCUUACGGUCCAUCCAAUGAUACCAGUGCACUAACAGCUUUGCGUCGCCGUCGAAAUGUUGAUGAUACAAGUCUCUAUGAGAUUGGCGAUCUUUUAGUUCUCUUUUCUGAUACAUGUUCAAAUAGACGAGCAUUGAGUAAAUGGUACUCAAGAUUAAUCGAUGGACAGAACAGUUCGUGCGUAGCUCAACGGGCGACUGCUUGUCGAUCGUUUAUCAGCUCACCGAAUAAUAUAACAAACUCGAAUCAAUGGUUACCUUUUCCGGUUGGAUAUUCCCAAGUUAUUUAUACAAACGAUACUUCAUGUGCUGCUGUAUCUGUUAGCAAAAUAUAUAACAUUGCUACCACAGCGUAUGCAGGGGUGUAUACUCGAAAUAAUCUUACUCGACCUUCGGGUCUUUUAAAGGGAGAUUGUUUGUACGACUCAAUUCUUCCACAAACUGAUUUGCAGAAUCUUAUUAGUUCUCCAAUGAAUUCACCAGCGUCGAAAUGUACAUAUACUAUUGGCUAA